AUGAGCUCGGCAAACAUCGACACCGCCGCAUCACAGCAAAUAUUUCUACCGAAGCUCGACGGACAAUCAGUGGUGAACGUGCAGCUUUCAGUGAAAAAAUACGUCGAACGAGGCAGCGAAGUGGCACUUUACUGCGAGAAUGACGCCGCUCCAGAUAUCCUCUACAAGGUAACGUUCCUGAAAAGUGGCAAUAAAAUAUUCGAGUACAUCAAGGGCCGGAGUCCACCGUACCGGAACUUUUCGAUCGCGGGCGCCGAGAUAGAUUGGAAGAAGGUAAAUCCUUCGACGUUAACGCUGAAAAACGUCGACUACGAAGCGUCCGGUUCCUACUACUGCGAGGUGUCUACCGACACCCCAAUCUUCACAAAGGCGUCCAAUGACGAACCGAUGCACGUCAUGCUGCCCCAGAAAGGACCGCCAUCGAUCGAGUUCGCCAAAAAGCAGCUCUACUACGGCGACAUGCUAGUGGCCAACUGUACCACCUCGCGAGCCAAACCCGCCCCGCACAUAACGUGGCUAAUUAAUGGAAAACAGACACCCACACACUAUCGACUAUCGACGAUGGAACGAAGAAAUCCCCAGACAACGUUGACCUUCAAACGAUGCGGAGGUUCCCAUGUGGAAGACAAAUACGUCCGGCAGCUCCAUCACACGCCGAAGGGUGGCCACCGCUCGAAGCAGCAGCAACUGCAACAGUUGCCGGGUGGUGGAUCGCCGCCUGACAAACAGCAACUGACGAUGCCAUCGCUUGUCACGUCGCAGAGUGCCCUGUACCACGGCAAGGUGAUUGUCGGAACGUCCGGCAUCGGUGUGUCCUCGGCCGGAGGUGCCGGCACGACGUCGCACACCCUGAAGGAGCUGAAGGCGGUGGCGAAGGGUAAUUAA